CUUGGAUUUCUGGCGGGGCAUGUCAUCAUCUCCAAACACGGGGAUUUCGACUCGACGACAUUCGUUUACCUACGAUUCUCAACUACGCAUCAGCAUAGUCUGGCUACUUCUUGCAGUGCACUCAGUCGCUACUUUGACGCUGGAUGUCCCUUUCAACCCGACUGAUAGAAAGAUCAGAGACCUGGAAUGACUGUUUGAGAUUCCCUUCACUACCUGGGGAUACCUUCAACCGUGACCUCUAGCACAAGAGCCAAGAACCAUCCAGAAUGAAUGCGCCCCAGCUCCGAGUCAACGAUAAAGCAUCCUCCCCCGACGACCCAACCGAUGCCGUAGACAACAACAACAACAACAACAACAACAACAACAACCAGCCCAUCACAGCAAGGAGGAAGUCGCUGCACCAGAAUAUACUGGGGAAGCUCCGUCCCCUUCCCUUCCAAUACCACUGGACUUUCUGGUACGACAAGCACUCCGAGAACUCGAACUACGAGGACAGACUGUACCUGCUCUAUGAGGACGUCGCGGACAUCGCUACCUUCUAUCGCGUCUAUAACAAUUAUCCAUGGGAGAAGAUUCCGCAGCGCGACACGGUGCAUAUCUUCCGCAAGGGAGUCCGGCCUGUGUGGGAAGACCCCGAGAAUCGAAGCGGAGGAUGCUGGAGAUUCCGUGUUCCCAAAAGAAAAGCCCAAGCUUUCUUCCACGAAAUUGCCAUUCUCUGCAUGGCGAAUGAGUUCCAGGCUGUUCUGGAAAAAGAACACGAUCAUGUCCUCGGGGUUUCCACCUCUGUCCGGUUUAAUACGCAUCUGAUAUCUGUGUGGAAUAAACUUGGUUCGAAUGAACGCUCUAUCAAGCUCCUAGAGCAGACUAUCAUCGACAGAUUGUCUCCGGCCUUGCGCCCUACUGAUCCCGGCCCUAAUUCGUAUUUCUAUAAACGACAUGAUGAAAAUGAAGGAUACAAGGAAGCAGUUGGAACGUCGGGGAGCUUCGAAGUGAUAUGACAGUGUUGCGAGAUUAAUCACUACUUAUCCGCUGGAGUAGAGGCUUAUUUCCAAUGAAUACACGUGCUGGGCAUGAUUUAGAGGAAAUGCACGGAGAAUAAUCAUUCGUCCAUCUAAAAAUAUAAGUGAUGUCGACCAUAGAUAGGCUCUCUCUCUCCCCUCUCGACUACUUGUGAGUGACACUUGUGAGGGAGGAGGCAGCAUCAAAGGGAUCAAUCAGAUAAGUUAUUGCCGGGGAAAUCUUUCCUGGAGGGCUAGGUUUAGGAAGGAUUGAGUGUAGUCUAUAACUGACAGGCUGUCUAGCGAGCAAAUCGUCAUGGAGGGAUGAUUUCAUGACCAUUGAUUAUAUUAACUUCGAC